AUGAUUAUGUUGUUUCGGCAAAAUCAAGCCGUGACUUUAGGGGAAGAGCACGAGUUUGCCGACUUCAUAUGGUUACCAAGCCAAGGCAAAGUGGUGUAUAGAAUUGAUGACAGAGUUCCCGCCAACACUUCUGGAAAUGGCUUGUUCAAUUUCUUCCCAUUUCGUUCACAACUCUCGGUGGCUUUAGCCCUCGUCCGAAAUUUAGAGGAGAGUGAUGAGUCAUCGCCUGAUGGGAACGAGAGUGAUGGUAUAUACAUAUAAUCCUUUUUGUUUGGAAUCUCAUACGGAUUGACCAAUAAUGAUUUUAUAUUCACAGGCUAUCCAGUUAUUGGAAGACAAGACCGUAUGAUGUCGUCCGGUGCGUGUCUAGAUAGCAUUGAUAAUGGAUUGAUCACGGCUUGUCCGUGGGAUCCACGCAUAAAAGGCGAGUUUUUUCACCAAACGACAUUUAGUGUUCCUCUCACGCAAGUCAAAGACUUCAUCAGAGCCAUCAAAGCACUUGUGCAGAUCGACCCAAAAUCUCUCUGCGUCCUUGAACGCAGUGACGGUAUUCUAAUGCGCUAUGUCACAUCCUCCCCUGCUUAUCUUGGAAAAGAGGAGAAAGCUUUAGACUUUGACCUAACUUACUACCGAAGCAAAGAUGAUCCUUUGACACCACGUCUGUACGAGGACUACAUUGAAGAGAUCGAGCAAAUGGCGAUAUUUAAAUACAACGCGUUGCCACACUGGGGAAAGAAUAGGAACGUAGCGUUUGAUGGUGCCAUUAGAAAGUACAAGAACGCAAAUGCGUUUCUGAAAGUAAAGGAGAGGUUCGAUCCUUCAGGGUUGUUUUCUACGGCAUGGACCGAUCAGAUUCUAGGUUUGAAAGGAAACGUCACGAUUGUAAAAGAAGGAUGCGCACUGGAGGGACUGUGUAUUUGUUCUGAGGAUGUUCAUUGUGCUCCCAACAAAGGUUAUCUGUGUCGGCCUGGUAAAGUCUAUAGAAAAGCUAGGGUUUGUACUCAUGUAAGCGUUUGA